AUGCCGGCCACCACGGCCGAUGGCCCUACCGUCUCACUAUCAUUCGCGAACAAUUUCUGGGGCAAGGAUGACGCUGGUGUCGCACCGCUCCUGGGUCGUAUGCACAAUGCGAAGGCUACUGGUGACGAACUGAAGGCCUUCUACACAGCACGAGCACAAAUCGAAGAGGAGUAUGCGAAGAAGCUACUCAACCUCGCGCGCAAGCCGUUGGGCUCGGGCGAAGCAGGCACUCUGCGCAUGUCACUGGAUGUCGUUCGUGGCGAGCUGGAGACAAUGGGCAAGGAGCACCAGAACGUCGCGGCCAAGAUGAAGAGUGAGCUGGAUGAGCCGCUGUCCGCUUUUGUUGGAGGACUCAAGGAGAGGCGCAAGAUCGUGCAGGGUGGAGUCGAGAAGCUGCUCAAGGUCAAGAUGCAGCAGACAGCGACCGUGAACAAGACUCGCGAUCGCUUCGAGCAGGACUGUCUCAAGAUCAAAGGCUAUCUGGCACAAGGACACAUGGUCAUGGGCCAAGAAGAGCGCAAGAACAAGGCCAAGCUGGAGAAGACGCAGAUCCAGAUGUCUGCGAACAGCAACGAGUACGAGGUAGCGGUCAAAGUGCUCGAGGAGACGACCGGCAAGUGGAAUCGAGAGUGGAAGGCGGCAUGCGACAAGUUCCAGGAUCUGGAAGAGGAGCGUCUCGACUACUUCAAGAGUAGUCUCUGGAAUUUCGCCAACCUUGCAUCGACGGUCUGUGUCAGCGAUGAUGCUGCGUGCGAGAAGAUCCGCUUGUCGCUCGAAGACUGUGAGGUUGAGAAAGACAUCACGACAUUCAUCAAGGAUCUGGGCACCGGCCAGGAAAUUCCAGAUCCACCCAAGUACAUCAACUUCUGCCGUGGCGAUGUUGACGACGCAAUGUCGAAAGCUGAAUCAGAUGAUGGCGAGUACUCGGUCGCGCAAUUUCAGCGAACCAUGAAUCCAGCUUUCAGGACUUCUUCGCCACAGCCUAGCACCUACGAUUCGCACCAUGAUCCAGAUACCAGCUUGCGCGACGAUUUGGGUCUGCCGAAAGCUCGCACUUCGAUCCAGGGCGAUGAGAGUUUCAAUGGUCGUAGCUCCCACGGCAGUGCGCGUGGCAACCCUAUGCCUCCGCCACUUUCAUCAAGUCAGAUUUCUGCAACACCAGACCCGUAUGCGAAUGCACCACAGGUGCCCCACAAUCCCUACCCGACCGACGGCAUGACACAAUUCUGUCGUAUGGGUCCACCUUCGGAGCGUAGCACUAUUCCAUCUCCUACUCGACCAGAUAGCCGUGACAGCCAGGACCACAGCGACUACUCUGCCCCAACAUCGUUCUCCAGCAUCGAGCCUACCAGUGGCAAUCAGUCGCCAACCAAGAAUUACAAUGGCUCUGCGAUGUCAGUUAUGUCGGGCAUGUCUGGAAUGUCCGGUAUGUCUUCCGGCCCAGAGGACAAGCAAGUGCAAAAGAAGAAGAGUGGCUUCUUCCAGUCACACAGUCCAUUCCGCAGGCGUAGCAACAAGAGCAAAGAUCCGGUCUUGGCUCCAGCUGCCAUCGCACCUACACAACGCAACACUUGGACGCCUGCGACAAUUCGCGACAGUAAGAGCGCAGGCAGUAGCCCAACCAAACCUUUCGCUCCUGGUAACCGGGCCAGCACAUGGCAGCAAAAGCAGCCGUCACCGAGUCCCGAUCCGGAUCCUGUUGACCCUCGAGCUGACUACCAGCUCGGCAUCGGUGGCAAUGUGUUCGAUGUAGACUCUCCUGACAAGCGCAACAAGGCUUUUCCCAACAGAAAUAAGCAAGCAGAGUUGGAUCCGAUGGCACAGGCCCUUGCAGAGCUUAAGGGAGUCACGAAGCAGGCUUCUGUGCGAGCAUCGGCGGAUCACCAUUAUGGUAUGUCAACGCCCGCGCCAGGUACUCCAGGUUACGACAACAGAGGAAUGCCAGCUGGCGCGGUCCCGACACCUUUUGCUGCCAGGCCAAACGGCGUCACGCCACCACCAGCAUAUGACAAUCCGCCUGUCAGCCGAUUGGGUGCGCCUCAGCCCGCACAUACCAGCAAGGAGAUGCAAAGGACGACCGAGCGCUUCGUGAACCAGAAACGCGACAUGUUCAACGCGGGUGGUCAAUCGAGGCCAGGUAGCAGCAUGGGUCGCGGUCAAGAGCCUCCUCGUGCGGCGUCGCCUCAGCCACCUCGAGCAACGAGUGCACGACCAUCAUACUCCAACGACCCAAGACAGCAUCCCCAACAGCAGCAGCAGUACCGUGCACCCUCGCCGAACCCAUAUGGAGGUCAGUCGGGAGGAAGACCACGAGCCCAGUCUUCCAGCCCCAUCAAGCACCAACCAAGCUACGCUGGCUACAGCUCUCGAGGAGGGUCGCCGGGCUACCAAGCUCCUCGUGCCGCUUCGCCAAACCCAGCCUAUAAUCGAGCACCUCCAUCUGCGCAUGGCGCAGGUAGCAGACCACCGAGCAGCAGAGGCUCCGACAUCGGUGGCAACGCUAUAGUGCUAGCUCCUGCUGGUCAGGAUGCAUAUGGAUCACAGCGAGGCGGCCGACCACAGAGCCAGUAUUGUCCUUCUGACCAAGGUAGCCAGCAAGUCGUUUCCAGGAAUCGGAGUCAGAGCUAUGGUGCUCAGAGGCAGAUGACUAGGGAUGGCAAGCCAAUCCUUCACUACUCUCGCGCAUUAUACAUGUACCAAGCCGCCAUCCCGGAAGAGCUCACGUUCGCCAAGGGCGAUAUGCUCGCUGUCACAAGACACCAGGACGAUGGAUGGUGGGAAGCUGAAGUCUGCGGCAAGUCUGCUCGUUGUGGACUUGUGCCGAGUAACUAUCUCAAGGAGUGCUAG